AUGCCAACUCUUGAAACACAUAAUGGCUAUCCGCUGUGGCAUUACAUUCCCAAUCGACCAGCGGCCAUUGUCUUUACAUCUCUUUUCGUGAUCACGACCGCUUACCAAGCAUUUUUAAUGUUCAAGCAUCGUUUAUGGUUCUGUAUCCCUUUCCUUAUAGGUGGCAUUUUCGAAGUCAUUGGUUAUAUUGGACGGAUUAUAGCAUACGAUGAAACCGGAGAGCUCAUUCCCUACAUUCUACAAUCUGUCUUCCUUCUUCUCGCGCCCAUUCUCUUCGCUGCGUCGCUGUAUAUGACGCUCAGCCGCGUUAUUAUAGUUGUUUCCGGAGCACAAUAUUCGCUAGUCUCUCCCCAGUGGCUCGCCCGUAUCUUCGUCACUUCCGAUGUUAUUAGUUUCAUGAUUCAAGGAGGUGGUGCGGGUAUCCUUGUACAGGGUGGCUCCGCCAGCAAGGCGCAGAUCGGCCAGAGAAUUAUUGUUGGCGGCCUUGUCUUCCAGCUCGUCGCGUUUGCGGUCUUCGGCCUAAAUACCCUAUGGUUUCAUUUUCGCUAUCGCAAGCACGGCCGCACCGACAGCAUCCAUGAUAUCCCCUGGCAAGGCAUUUUGGUCAUGCUUUACCUAACAUCCAGUUUCAUCAUGACCCGGAACAUUUCUCGCGCGAUCCAAUACGCCAUGGGCCAGGAUGGUUAUCUGCUCACCCAUGAGUGGACUGUAUAUGUUAUGGAUGGCAUGCUCAUGUUUUUAACCAUGCUCCAUUUUACUUGGAAAUAUCCUAGCAAGUUGCUCAAGCCUAAGACUGCAGAUUUAGGCUUGGAUAUGUUGUCAUAUCAGGAGGGAAGUAGUCAUAAAUAG